AUGGCAUAUGGGGCACAUCUUGCCAAUGAUGAUAAUCCAUACCAUCCUUUUAAUUCCCAAAUCGAAUGGGAGGUUGCGAGAUGGGCGAAAGUUCGCGGAGCAACGUCUACAGCAUUUACGGACCUGCUCUCCAUUGAUGGAGUUAGUGAACAUUUAGGGUUGUCAUUCAAGAACACCAAUGAACUGAACAAGAUUAUCGACCACGAACUUCCAACUGGACGCCCCAAGUUCCAACAGGAGCAGGUCGUUGUUGCAGGAGAAUCAUUUGAUGUGUAUUACCGCGACAUCAUUGAAUGCAUCAAGUCACUGUAUGGCGAUCCCGACUUCGCAAGAUACCUUACGUUCGCGCCGGAGCACCAUUACACUGACGAAGAUCAGACUGUUCGUCUGUUUCAUGACAUGCAUACUGGAAAGUGGUGGUGGAACACGCAGAAAAAACUUGAUCAGCAUUGUCCGGGUGGGACCAUCAUUCCGAUUAUCAUCUCAACGGACAAAAUGCAAGUCACUAUGUUUCGCAACAAGUCCGCAUACCCAGUGUAUCUCACCAUUGGUAAUAUCCCGAAGGAAAUUCGCUUCACUGCCGUCGGUCUAUCGCCAACCUAUAUCACUGCUUGCCUGAGUCAUGUGCUUGCUCCUUUGCAACAUGCUGGAUUAGAGGGCAUCAAUAUGCGCACUGGAGAUGGUGCUCUUCGCCGCUGCCACCCUUUAUUUGCGAGUUUUGUUGGUGAUUAUCCAGAGCAACUUCUCUGCAACAGGAAUCAAGACGACACAGAAAGCAAUACAGUACAACUUCACCUACGAAAAAUAGGUGAGGUGCUGGAUGCACUCGCGGCACUCGAUCAAGGAAAUCUUGCCUUUGUUCGCGCAUGUGCCGUGGUAGGAAUCAAACCUGUGAUACAUCCUUUCUGGGAGAAACUCCCGUUCGCGAACAUCUUUCAGAGUGUCACACCUGAUGUGUUGCAUCAGCUAUAUCAGGGCUUGGUGAAACACCUUUUGGCAUGGUUAGAGGCCGCUUGUGGAGCCACGGAAAUCGAUGCUCAUUGUCAACGGCUUCCUCCCAACCAUCACAUUCGAUUAUUCACCAAAGGUAUCACCACCUUAUCGCGUGUAAGCGGCACCAAACAUGCGCAGAUAUGCCGCUUCCUCCUCGGCAUCAUAAUUGACAUUCGUCUGCCCAACAAUCUCAAUGCAGGUCGCCUUCUACGAGCUGUAUGGGGGCUACUUGACUUCGUGUACCUCGCGCAAUACCCUUGCCAUAGUACCGAGACCCUUCAGUUACUGGACGAGGCGCUAGACCUUUUUCAUGAGAACAAGCUCAUUUUCAUCGAUCUUGGGAUUCGAACCAAUUUUAAUCUACCGAAGUUGCAUGCUGCUCGUCACUAUCCUCGGAUGAUCAUGCAGUUCGGCUCAACUGACAAUUAUAACACAGAGUACACAGAACGGCUCCAUAUCGACUUGGCGAAAGAUGCCUACCGCGCUAUGAAUCACAAGGAUGAACAUCAAAAAUAUGUUAGUUGGCGACUUGCUGGUAGCCACGAGUUGGAUCCUUACCAUUCACGCCCACCAGAUAUGACAUUCAGUCGUAAACAAGUCAUGGUGAAACACCCCAGCGCAAAGUCCGUCAGCCUCGAAAUGCUGGCUACAGAUUAUGGUGCUACUCAUUUUCGAGAUGCCCUUGCACGCUAUAUUGCUCAGCAGAGUCGAGGAAAUGAUCCCACACCACUUCAUGGUCACGCACUCGAUGUCAAGUGGUGCUUGGUUGAUGCCCGCGGCCAUGGCGAUGCACACAUUACUUUGGACAGUGUCCAUGCAAAACCACAACGCAAGUUUGGCUCUCGUGUCGUUGCUCACCGAUCCGAUACAGCUCUAGUGAGGCUGGGUGCCAAUUCGAAGGAUCUUCGAGAAUUCCAUGUCGGUCAAGUUCGAGUCAUUUUCACCUUACCACCCAAGUCCAUCCCACUGCUCUUCCCACCAACAAUCCGUCUUCCUACUCACCUUGCAUAUGUCGAGUGGUUCACACCAUUUUCGCCAGCUCCAGACCGCAAUAGCAGACUAUAUAAAGUCUCGCGUUCACUGCGCGAUGGUGACACCAUGGCUAGUAUUGUGUCGAUUGCUGACAUUGAGCGCAGUGUUCAUCUUAUACCGAGGUUCAUACUCGAGGACUGUGACACCUUCUGGUUGAACUCGUACAUAGAUAGAUAUACUUUUUCAAUGUUCAGAUAA